AGACUGGCAUUAGUCUCAGGAUCAGAGUAUUUACAACGUGAGACCCGGGAGGACAAGCUGAAGAGGGAGGCAUCAGCUGGAGAGCUUACUCAGUUUGAACUCACCUCAGAAGACAAGGUGAGGGCUGAUGUUGGUGAAGAGGUCCCCCUACCCUGUCACCUCUCACCUGACACCAGUGCUGUUGCCAUGACGAUCAGGUGGUUUAAAGAGACAGAGUGUAUUUACCUGUAUAAGAAUGGCCAGGUGACAGAGAGGAGUGGCUAUGAGGGCAGAGUGAGUCUGAUCACCCAGGAGCUGGAGAGAGGCAACGUGUCUCUGAGGCUGAGAGACUUCAGGGAGUCAGAUACAGGAGACUACAUAUGUCAGGUCAUCCAUGGAGAACAGAAGAAGGAGGCUGGAGUGUUUUUAUGGGUCAGACGAGCAAGAAAAAAUGGAUCAGGUUUGUGGUAUUUACAACAUGAGACCCAGGAGGACAAGCUGAAGAGGGAGGCAUCAGCUGGUGAGCUUGAGUUGAAGAUGGAAAAAGAAUUCAAAGAGAAAUUAAGACCUGAGAUGAUGAAACAACUAGAGGAGAAAGACACACAACUGGAUGAUAUGACCCAGGAAGUGAGAGAGAAAGAGAGACUCCUGGAGGAGAAGAACCAGAUAAUGGGACAGAGGGAGAAACUAUUAGAAGAGAAAGAAAACCAACUGGAAGAGAAAGACAAGCAACUAAAGGAUAGAGACAUUCAACUAGAGGCACUGAGAAAGAACCUGCAGGACAAGAACAGCCAAGUAGAGAACUUCAGAGUCCUACUGCAGGAAAAAGACCUUCAACUAGAGGACAGCAACCACAGACUGGGAGAGAAGGACAGACUACUGGAAAAGAAGGACAGACUACUGGAAGAGAGAGACAAACUACUGGAGGGAAAAGAAAGUGAAAUAAAGGAGAAGCAGAUUGAACUAGGAGACAAAGACAAAAAAAUUAAGGAUAAAGACCUUCAACUAGAGGACAGAAACUAUAGACUGGAAGAGAAGGACAAACUACUGGAAGAGAGAGACAAACAGCUGGAAGAGAGAGAGAAAGUACUGGAGGGAAAAGCAAAUGAACUAAAAGAGAGGAGGCAGGAAGUAGAAGAGAAAGACAACCUACUAGAGGAGAGAGAGAAGCAGUUAAAGGAAAGAGACAAACAGCUGGAGGAUGUCAACAAUGAAAAUGCUGAACUGGCUCAACAGAUAUGUGAUGUGAAGACUGAGGUAGAGAGACUGAGAAGAGAGAUCUCAGCCCAGAUGACUGAACCUGGAGAGAAGUCAGAUACAGGUUCCAUACUCCCAGUCAGGAGGAGACACAGCAAGGAGCUUCCUCCAUUCAUGGGAGGAGAGACCUCAGAUACAGACCCCACACUUCCACUGAGGAGGAGAAACAGCAUGGGGUUACUUCCUCCAUCUAUGGGAGGAGAGAGCAGCAGUCCAGACUCCCCAGUGUCUCCCAGUGUGUCUGAGCUGAGACUGGUGCUGCUGGGGAGGACUGGGGCUGGGAGGAGUGCAGCAGGAAACACCAUCCUGGGCAGAGAGGAGUUUGGGGCCCAGGCCAGCCCCUCUGCAGUGACCCAGAGGAGUAAGAGGAGAGAGGGGGACGUGUGUGUGAGACGGCUGGUGCUGGUGGACACUCCAGACUGGUUCUGUCCUGGACUGUCUCUGGAGGAGAUGAGACAGGAUGUGGGGCUCUGUGUCCGUCUGUCUGCCCCGGGACCCCACGCCUUCCUCCUGGUCAUACCAGUGGAGCCCUCCAAGGGGGAGGAGAGAGGGGUGCUGGAGAGAAUAGAGGAGAUGUUUGGGGAGGGUUGUUGGGAACACACUGUGAUUCUAUUCACACAUGAUGAUAGCCUGAAAGAGCGGAGCAUUGAGGAGUUUCUCCAAGCAGGAAGUCAGGACCUCCAGCAGCUUGUAGAGAAAAGUGGGAGCAGGUACCACGUCCUCAACAUUAAGGACAGGGCCCAUGGCACUCAGGUAUCAGAGCUGCUGGAUCAGGUAGAGGAGAUGGUGGCAGGAAACAGAGAGAGAUUCUACAGCAGUCAGACCUACCAGGAGGCAGAGACCCAGGUUAGAGAGAUGGAGGGAAAGAUCCAGAGAGAGAGAGGAGAGAGGAAACAGAGGGAGGAGAGAGACAUGAGAGAGAGACUUCAGAAGGAGUUGCAGGACUCUCUGAUAAAGAUAGAGGGAGUGAUCCAGGAACAUGAGGGAGAUAUCAGAACACUCAGUGAAAGAACCAGUGAACUGGAGAGACAGGUGAAAGAAGAGAGGGAUGAGGAGAAGAAAAUAGAGCUGGAGAAGGAGCUGAAGAGGGAGUCUGAUAGGAGGGAGGAGAUGGAGAGAAAGCUGGAGAGAUUGAGAGAGAAGACAGAGAAUGAGAGGAGGGAGAUGGAGGAGAGACACAGACAGGAGAUAGAGGAGAUGAUGGAGAACUAUGAAGGAGAGGCCAGAGUUGAAGCAGAGAGAAACCUGAUGAAGAUAGUCCUACCUGAGUUACAGAGGAACAUCAUGAUCUCACAGACAAAGAUGCAGAGGGAGUUCAGCAGACAGAUGGAGGAGAAGAAUAGACAGAUGAAGGAGAAGGAUAGAGCGAUUGUGGAAAGGGAUGGAGAGAUACAGGGACUGAUAGAUAGACUGUGGGAGAUGUGCAAGUGAGUUAUUGUAACUAGCCUGAAGAAGUGCUCGGAUACAUGGAGAGGUAGAAGGGAGAAGAAGAAGACAGGGAGAGCUGAUGGAGAUCUGAGGAAUGUCUGGGCAGAUGUAACCUAUUUCACCAUUUCACUGAAUUAGCCUGACAACGAGGUUAGAGAUGAGAUGACUUGUUCAUGGAGGGAUUGGAGAAGUUAGAGAUAAUCACAUGAUAUUUAUCUCACAAUGUAAGAACAACGUGAUAGUCUGUCCUGUGAUGAGUGUCAUGGUGGGAAAACAGGUCAGAAUACUGUCUGAUCCUGUCUAGGUCAAAAUCUGUCGUUCUGCCCCUGAGCAAGUCAGUUGCGGAAGACACAUUUCAGUUGAAUAAAUUCAGUUGGACAACUGACUAGGUAUCCCCCCCCCCUCCCUUUACAGUGUCUAGAGGAGGGGAGGGAGGUCUGUAAAGAUCUUGAUGAGACUUAAGACAGAAUUCCAAACCAACGUAGAUUAUUGACCUUUGCACUGCAGCCUUUUAGAAUGGAGAGGGUUGUGGGGGGUCAGGAGGUCAGCGGGCGGAGUCAGAGACUGAGAACU